GAUAAACAGAGAUUUCAUUUGAAAAUUUGCUUUUUUCCAAAAUGGAGCAGAGAACAUUGCUUGCAUUGCUGGUCUUUUCCUCACUCAUAGUAUUAGCAGAGGCUCUGAAGCCUGCUAUUGAAAUCUACAGCCUUCACGUGGACUGCAAGGUCACCUCACGGUUCGCUCACACCGUCAUCACCAGCAGGAUUGUCAACAGAGCCAAUGAGUCCCGAGAGGCCACCUUUGAAGUGGAGUUACCCAAGACAGCCUUCAUCACCAACUUCUCCAUGUCCAUCGAUGGUAAGGUAUACCCAGGGGUAAUAAAGGAGAAAGCUGCUGCUCAGAAGGAAUAUGACACGGCAGUCUCACGCGGGCAGAGCGCCGGCCUCGUCAGGAUCAGAGACAGGAAGCUGGAGCUGUUCCACGUGUCCGUCAGCAUCGCGGCCGCCAGCAAAGUCACCUUCGAGCUGACGUACGAGGAGCUGCUGAAGCGCCAGCUGGGCAAGUUCGAGCUGCUCAUCAAGGUGCGGCCCAAGCAGCUGGUGAAGCACUUCCAGAUCGACGUGCACAUCUUUGAGCCCCAGGGCAUUCGCUUGCUGGAGACGGACAGCACCUUCAUGACCAACGACUUAACCGAGGCGCUCACCCAAGUCCAGAACGAAACCAAGGCUCACAUUUUGUUUAAGCCAACUAUGGAUCAGCAGAGGGCAAACCCUGAACUCGAUGACACUCUCCUCAACGGUGACUUUGUUGUGCGUUAUGAUGUUGAGAGAGAAGCCACGGCGGGUGAUAUACAGAUUGUCAAUGGGUAUUUUGUGCACUACUUUGCACCCAGCGAAAUGCCAGUGUUUCCCAAAAAUGUCAUCUUCGUUAUAGACCGAAGUGGCUCCAUGGCAGGCAGGAAAAUCGAACAGACGAGGGACGCCCUGCUGAAGAUUUUGCAAGACCUGCGCCCUGAGGAUCAUUUUGGCUUUAUCACCUUCAGCAACAGAGUGGUGGAGUGGAAGAGCUCUCUGCUGCCAGCCACCCAGGAGAACGUGGCCAGUGCUGCUGCUUUCGUGCAGACUCUGUCUGCCAGGGGAGGCACAGACAUCAAUGGUGCCCUGCUGAGUGCCGUGGGUGCGCUGGAUAAAGCCAAGGACCUGCCAGAGCGCAGCGUCUCCAUGGUUAUCCUGCUGACAGAUGGCCAGCCCACUUCUGGUGAGACAAAUGUGGAGGAGAUUCAAGAAAACAUUCAGAAAGCAAUCAAUGGGAAAUAUGCUCUUUUCUGCCUUGGCUUUGGGUUUGAUGUCAGUUAUAAAUUCCUGGAGAAAAUGGCCCUAAGCAAUGGGGGGAUAGCACGGCGUAUAUACGAAAAUGCUGACGCAGCCUUGCAGCUCCAGGGCUUUUAUCAAGAGGUGGCUACCCCAAUAUUAAUGAAAAUUGAAAUGCAGUAUCCAGAAAAUGCCAUUGAGGGAUUAACCAGGAACAGUUUCACGCUGUUUUUUGAAGGAUCUGAAAUUGUAGUGUCUGGAAAAAUUAGGAAUGAGCUGGAUCUUUUGCCAGUAGAAAUUAAAGCUCAGUCUCACACCAGUGACUUGACUCUUAAGGAGGAAGCAAAUGUCAAAGAGAAGGAGCAAAUAUUCCAAGAUCAAAGAUACAUCUUUGGGAAUUUCAUAGAGAGACUGUGGGCUUACCUAACCAUUCAACAGCUCCUGGAAAAAGCUAUUUCAGCCCCAGAAGAGGACCAGAAGGCCCUGGAGGCACAAGCCCUGGAGCUGUCCCUGCAGUACAGCUUUGUGACACCCCUCACUUCCAUGGUGGUCACCAAACCCGCUGACCAGCAGCAGGGAGAGCUGGCAAACAAACCCACUGAAGCUGAUAAUGAGAAGCCCAACAAUCGUCUAGUAGGAGCAUCUCUCAAAAAUUCCACCUCCAGAUUUUUUGGAAUGCCUUCUGAGGAUGAUUUAGCUGCCUCUAGAAUGAAGACUGGAUCAGCUCCUAUUUCCAGGCUAAAAAGCAGAGUGAGAGCACAACCUGUUGUCCAUGAACAUCCACAAUUUCUUCUGCAAUUACCCAAACUAAGUGAAACAAUCUGUUUAAAUAUUGAUGGAAAAGCACAACCCUCUGUCCAGCUGCUGUCAGACCCAGAGCAAGGACUCACUGUGACGGGAAAACUUGGAGAUGGAACAAAUCGGUUUGUGCAGUUUGGAAUUAAUUAUGUGAAUCCCCCCGUGCAAAUCCACGUGUCCACUGAUGGGAUCGUUGUGAGCCACAAUAACCAGAACACUCGGCUGCCAUGGACAGAGUCAGCCACCUCCACCAUCCAGGGUCUUCGAGUCUCGGUUGAAAAGGAAAGAAGUUUUACAGCAUCACUGCCUGACACGGUCACAGUGAAAAUCUCCCUUGUCAAGUUUCCAGAUGAUUUCCUCGGGCUCUAUUUCUUGGACACCAACCAUUUUUCUGACAAAGUCAGUGGAGUUCUGGGUCAAUUUUAUUCAAAAGCACAAUUUAAGGAUAACUCCAACAUCAACCAGAGAGCUGAUGAAAGACUCCUAACGGUGUCUGGAUCUGAGCACAAAGUUUCCAGGAUGUACAAGAAAGAUUACAGGCUUGAGUCAGCCCAUGGGCCUGUUUCCUGCUGGUCAACAGAUGUAACUCCCUAGAAAAAAUAUUUUUCUGGAAAAGAAAACUAUGCAAAUGAUGCUCUUCCAUGUAUUUUUGAUACUUUCAUCAAGAAAACCAUUCAGUUAAAGCCUUAUUGUUAUUAAAUACAUACAUUACUAUAGUAAAAUAUAUAUCACAAAUAUUUCAACUUGGAAUCAUUACACUUUCAAGAUGAGACUGUGCCUGCUUGUUUGCUGUUUGAAAAUGGUUUCUAAAUCCCUUGUUGUUGAAGAUUUAUGUGAAUGAACUAAAUAAAAUCAACAUUAUCAGCUCACA